AUGGGCCGGCCACCGCUCUCUCAAAACCGCAGCAUGGCGAUCCUCAACGCCGCUCGUGAUGGCGGAUACGCGGUGCCGGGCAUGUGCUGCUAUAACAUGGAGUCGAUCAUCGCGACGGUGCGGGCGGCCGAGGCGGCGCGCUCGCCAGCCAUGGUGCUGCUGUUCCCGUGGGCGAUGCAGUACGCCGACGAGGCGCUGGUGCUGGCAGCGGCCAGCGCGGCGCAUGGCGCCUCGGUUCCCAUCAGUCUGCACCUGGACCACGCGCAGACGCCCGAGCUCGUUCGCCGCGCCGCCGACAUCCCGGACGGCUUUGAUUCCAUCAUGUGCGACAUGAGCCACUACGAGCGCGAGGAGAACCUGGCCCUAACCAAGGAGCUGGCCGCCUACUGCCACGAGCGCGGAAUCGCCGCCGAGGCCGAGCCCGGGCGUAUCGAGGGCGGCGAGGACGGUGUGGCCGAGACGGCCGACCUCGAGGGCCUGCUGACGACGCCCGAGGAGGCCCAGGUGUUUGUCGACACCGGCAUCGAGAUGCUGGCCCCGGCGUUCGGCAACGUGCACGGCGAAUACGGACCGCGGGGCAUUCGGCUCGAGUACGACCGUCUGGAGGCCAUCAACAAGAAGGUCGGCAACCAGGUGCGGCUGGUGCUACACGGGGCGGACCCGUUCGACGAGGAGAUCUUCCAGCGCUGCAUCAAGGCCGGCGUGUCCAAGGUCAACAUCAACAAGGGCAUGAACAAACACUACGCCCGCGUCCAGGAGGAGAUGCGGGGCAAGCCCCUGACCAGCGUCAUUGAGGCCGGCACGGACGCCAUGCAGAAGGCCAUUGAGCAGUAUAUGCACUGGCUGGGAAGUGCCGGCAAGGCUUAA